CAGGCGCAGUGGCCUGCUCGGAGGCCGGACCAGCUGAGCCGGCGCCAUUGCUGGAAGCGUUCCCGCCCUGCUCUGCGAGUGCCCUCAGCUGUCUUCAGUUCGGCCGCCAGGUGAUGAUCAGUGAAACCAAUUUGAUGAGAUGUCUCUGCAAGACUCUACUCUUUCCAGAGAGGGGAACACAGAGGCAGAGAUUAUGGCUGCUACGGUUUUUUCAGCUGGACCUCUGAGUCAUGAAGUGACCCAGCCAGAUGAAGAUCUUCACUUUCAGGGAGAAGAAACAGAAUUGAUAAAGGAAUCAGUGACAUUUAAGGAUGUGGCUGUAGACUUCACACCGGAGGAAUGGAGGUUGUUGGACCCUACACAGAGGAACCUGUACAAGGAUGUGAUGCUAGAGAAUUACAGGAAUCUGGUCUCCCUGGGACUUGCAGUUUCCAAACCAGAUAUGAUAUCCCGUUUGGAGAAUGGUAAAGGACCAUGGGCCAUGGUGAGAGAAAUUUCAAGAACCUCCUAUCCAAACUUGGAAACCAAACCUGCAACCAAGAAUGCUACACUAACAGAUGAUAUUCCUGAAGAUUUAUCACAAGAGGCCUUAGUAGGAAAACUCACAGAGAGUGGUCUGUGGGAUUCCAGAAUGGGAGGAUUAUGGAAAUGCAAUGACAGGAUAUUAAGAUUGCAAAAUAGUCAGAAGAGUCAUUUGAGUCAAAGAAUAGUAACAUACAAGAAAACUCCCACUAGUCAAAGAGAUUUUAGAUUUGGAUCUGUUCUUAUUCCAGAACCAGAAGUUAUCACAGAAGAGUCCCACAACAAAUGCCAAACACAUGAGGAAAAUUUCACAGAGAAUUUAGAUUUGAUUACAAAUACCCAUUUGGGGAAGAUAAUUUGCAAGGUUACGGAAGGUAGCAAAGCCAUAAGGCAAACUUCAGAACUUACUUUGGGGAAAAAAUCUAAUAAUAAAGGAAAACCCUAUAAAUGUAGUACAUGUGGAAAGGCCUUUCGUUAUAGGUCAUUACUCAUUCAACAUCAAAGAACUCACACUAAAGAAAAACCUUAUGAGUGUAAUGAAUGUGGGAAAACAUUCAGCCAGCCUUCAUAUCUCAGUCAGCAUAAAAAAAUUCACACUGGAGAAAAACCUUAUAAAUGUAAUGAAUGUGGAAAGGCCUUCAUUGCUUCUUCAUCACUUAUGGUACAUCAGAGAAUCCAUACUAAAGAGAAACCUUAUCAAUGCAAUGUCUGUGGAAAAUCCUUUAGCCAGUGUGCCCGUCUUAAUCAGCACCAGAGAAUUCAAACUGGAGAGAAACCCUAUAAAUGCAGUGAAUGUGGGAAAGCUUUUAGUGACAAAUCAAAACUUGCAAGACAUCAGGAAACUCACAAUGGUGAGAAACCCUACAAAUGUAAUGAUUGUGGGAAAGCGUUUAGGAAUAAGUCAUAUCUUAGUGUACAUGAGAAGACCCAUACUGAAGAGAAACCAUAUAAAUGCAAUGAGUGUGGGAAAUCUUUUAAGAAUACCACAAUUUUUAAUGUUCAUCAGAGAAUUCAUACUGGAGAGAAGCCCUUUAGAUGUAAUGAAUGUGGAAAAGCCUAUAGAAGUAAUUCAAGCCUUAUUGUACAUAUAAGAACUCACACUGGGGAAAAACCCUAUGAAUGUAAUGACUGUGGGAAAGCUUUCAACCGCAUAGCAAAUUUCACAGAACAUCAGAGAAUUCAUACAGGAGAAAAACCCUAUAAAUGUAAUGAAUGUGGGAAAGCAUUCAUUAAUUAUUCAUGCCUUACUGUCCACCACAGAAUGCAUACAGGAGAGAAACCUUAUAAAUGUAACGAAUGUGGAAAGGCCUUCAUGCGUUCUUCUUCUCUGAUUAUACAUCAGCGUAUUCAUACUGAAGAGAAACCUUAUCUAUGUAAUGAAUGUGGGGAAUCAUUCAGAAUAAAAUCACACUUAACUGUACAUCAGAGGAUUCAUACUGGAGAGAAACCAUAUAAAUGUACCGACUGUGAGAGGGCAUUCACCAAAAUGGUUAAUCUCAAGGAGCAUCAGAAAAUUCAUACUGGAGUGAAACCCUAUAAAUGUUAUGAUUGUGAAAAAUCCUUCAGGACUAAGUCAUACCUUAUUGUACAUCAAAGGACACAUACUGGAGAAAAACCCUAUAAAUGUAAUGAAUGUGAGAAAGCCUUCACUAAUACAUCACAGCUUACUGUGCAUCAACGAAGGCAUACUGGAGAGAAACCCUAUAAAUGUAAUGAAUGUGGAAAGGUUUUCACAAGUAACUCAAGCUUUAAUACCCAUCAGAGAACACAUACUGGAGAGAAACCAUUUAAAUGUAAUGACUGUGGGAAAGCAUUUAGCCAGAUGGUACAUGUCACAGAACAUCAGAAAAUCCAUAGUGGAGAGAAGCCCUAUAAGUGUGAUGUCUGUGGAAAAGCCUUCAGGAGAGGUUCAUACCUUACAGUGCAUUGGAGAACACAUACUGGAGAAAAACCCUACACCUGUAAGGAAUGUGGAAAAGGUUGUAUUACCCUAUCACAGCUAACUCUACAUCAGAGAAUUCAUACCGGAGAGAGGCCAUAUAAAUGUGAAGAAUGUGGAAAAGCCUUCAGAACAAACUCCGACUUUACUGUACACCUGAGAAUGCAUACUGGAGAAAAACCCUAUAAAUGUAAUGAAUGUGGAAAAGCCUUCAGGAGUAGUUCAAGCCUUACUGUACAUCAAAAAAUACAUCAGAGAGAAACUCAGUUAGUAUAGAGAACACUAAGUCAUUCAUCCAGAUGUCAG